GGGAUUCGCUUAUUUUGCGCGACGUUAUUGCCGCCGAAUACCGUCCCGCUGCAGGUCCGUGUUUUCGUCUCUCGCUCGUAACGCGUAUAAUAUUGCGGUUUCGCAAUAACCAUCGUUUACCCGCCGGAUCGCCACUUCUGCUCGGGCCGCAUACGCCACUACGGAUCGAGGGAAUCGCCGUUUUGUUACUUAUUUAGGUAAAUAUCGUAAACAAUUAAUAACUAUUACGCGUUUUUCUAUCGGGUGUAAUUUAUCGCCGUGAAAAUUGUCAACAUCGUGUUCACGCCGUUGACCGCUAUAAAUAGUGGCUGGAACAGCCAACAAGAACCGACGAGCAUUAAAAAAAAAAAAAAAAUAAUAAAAAUCCAAAUCUAAAUAAUAAAACGCCUACGUCGACCGACGAAUAUUUUUUUUUUCAUUAUUUAACGGGACGCAACGCGCGUGCGUUUAAUCACAUCCGUCUUGUGCAAACGCACCACACGGAAAAUUCGCGUUCAACAGAACCGAUUUGGACCCGCCGGUUUCAAUGUUUGAGCGAAUCGGCCGUUUCGCCCUGCCCCCGGAGUUUUGAACACGAAUUUUCACGUCGUUCAUUGCCGUGCCGUUUGUCUGCGCGAUCCGGGUUUUUCUCGUCCCGCAAUGGACUUGCGCGUCAUUAAUAUUUAAUAAUAGUAAUCAUUGCUAAUGUGUUUUCCGAUUAUCAAAAUAAAUCGAUACACGUCGGCGUCGUAUACAUUUCGCCCGACCGUGUCCGAUCGCGCACGGCCGCGGCGCGCCCGGCCGUGCAAUAAUUUUACUAUUUCCGAUAUAUCGAAAUAAUGUUUUUCCCGUUGGCUUUGUCCGCGGUUUAUAUGCCUGAAUAGCGUGCGUUGGAAAUAUAUAGUCGAUCGGAAUGAACUACUUCUUAAAACUGUAGAAGGGAAAAAUAUCGUUUUUGUUAAUAAUUAUAUUUUACAUUAGGCAGGCGUACAAUUAAAUAUUAUGUAAAAAAAAAAAAAAAAAAAAUACGUUUAAAAAUUAACGCAACGUAUGAAUAAGAGUGAAAUAUUACCAAACGGUAUUCGUAUUAAAAAUCCUACAUUUGUCCUUUUUAUUGCAAUGAAAUAUAUUUGAUUAACGUGUUGUCGUAUAAAGUACGACGCCGCCUCUCCCGCUCGUGUAAAAUUCUGGCGGAGCGCGCUGUUGAAUCGUUAAUCUUACGUGUGCACGUUGGUUUAUCCGAUAUUUUAAUUUCGAAACGAAAUUUAAGCAUUUUUUUAAAAUUUUCUUAAAUCGCACAUUUUUAACCGAUUCGCUUGAAAAUUAUUAUAACGAAAAAAACCAAGGUACAAUUAAUAUAAAAUAUAAUGUUCUUACAUUGAAGGUUGACAAUGGUUUAAUUCACUCAAUAUUAAAAUUAAAAAAAUUUUAAAUCACACAGACACACACACACACACGCGCGCGCGCACAAAAUAUUUAGCAAAUUGUUAUGUUGUUCGUUUGUAAGACAACAAAUGCAUGCGUACCGUCCCCUUAAUAUUGUGUAUGCUAUUAAGUUUUAUUUUAGUACCUAGUUUGUAUGUCAACGAGGUAACGAAAUUAUAUUCAUUCAAGGAAUAGUAUAUUAAAACAUUUUGAAAACUACGGCUAUCAAAUAUGAUAUUUAAUAUCAUUUAUACAAGUACUUAUUUUGAAGGCCGUACUUGUGGGGGCUGUUUGGAGAUUCAAUCUUCCGUUAAGUAACCUUCCGUAUAAGUAAAAAGACGAGAUUGAAAAAAAAAAAAAACUGAUAUUGCUGUUGGCUGCUGAAGGCUACUAUUGUAGGUAGGAAGUUGAAAGUUACAAGUUUAAAAAUUAGAAGAAAAAAAAUACAGCUUGUCAUUUUUCUAUUGGAGCCAUAUUUCUGGUAGAAAAUAAGCAGUAAAAAGCUGUCGUAACGAGGAUGGGUGUAGCCACUGUUAUAGGUAAUUUAAUGUAUAUCUGUAAGUAACGAUAUUAACCAUUGUUAACGAAAAAACGUUUUUGAACGGAGUUCGGUUGAUAGUGUUGUUUCGUCUAUUUUCCCGUUUUUUCCAUUUAUUGUGAAAACUUCUUGAAAAAAUGAUCUUCAAAAAGUACCUCCCCUGUCUGAUUUCCAUUCAGGAAAAGUGACAUCACUGUAAAUCGGAGCAAAAUUGAUGCUGGAAAAGUUGUUUACAGGAUUGAAAAAGGCGAUAAUAUAUUGUACUAAUACCUACAUUUCGUACAUUUUCCGUCUUUCCUCCAUUUUUUCGCAUUUAUUGGGAAAACUCCUGGGAAAAUCAAAAAUGAUCUGGUUCACAAAAUGGCUGGUAGAAUAGUUGUUAACAGAAAAAAAAAAAAAAAACAAAUAUCACUGUAAAACCAUGUCGUAAAGCCAAUAAAUUUAUCAGUUUUUUUUUUUUUAUUUUUCGUCGUUUACCGGGUUUUAUCCGAUUAUUAUGAAAACUACUCGGAAAAUCGAAAAAUAACUUCGCAAUCAUUUAAACCCGAAAUUCAACAAAAAUAUACGCAUGACGUCUUUUGAUUAAACCAAUAUUUCUGAUAAUAAACAUAGUUUCUACAAAUUAAAACCAAUAAAAUCGAUAACGCCGCGCGGCACUGCAAAUAUUAAAUCCCGUAGACGGCUAGUGGGACGGUAGUAGGGUUUCUGGUAUUUUUGGAACGUUAAUUAAAUUGUAUUUAUCGAUUUACUAUUUUUGUUAUCGCGGACGAGAAAACUAUUAUACUAUUAUUGGACUGAUUUAAUAUUUUUGGCUGUGUUCGUAAUUAUUUAGACAAGGUUUAUACGAAAGAAAAUUUUUUGAAAAAUCCGCCGGAAAAUGUGUAAAUUUGUAUGGUACUUUUGUGUGAAAAUCUCGAUACUUUUUUUUUUUUUAAAAAAUUUCAUUCGUAUCACCAAAGCAACCCGUAAAUCAACAAAAUAAUUCGAUAAUUGACGUUCAGUUUUGCUGUCGCGUGUUUUUAUAGCAACAGCAUGUAUUAUUGAUGACAAAUGAAAAUAAAGGCGUUUGUAUGGAAGACAAUUUUUUUAGAAAAUCUACCGGAAAAGUUGGAAAUUUGAACGGUAUUGAAGUUAUGGCGUCGUCAAUAAAAUAUCGAUUUAUUUAUAUUCACGUAGAUAUAGAUUACCAAUCGAGUUAUUAAUUUUAUAUUAAUAUGAAUUGUAGGCUAAUAUACACAUAAAGGCAUAAUAGGAACACCGCGUCUGCGAGCGACGAUUACAGUACGGUAUACGCGAUCUUCCACUGUCGAGCAUCCUCGCGACCCCACUCGCCGGUAGGUUGAGUUGGGCUUCAAUUCCUUGGAAAUCCACCCUCCCUGAAAUUCGACGUUGAUAUAAUUUUGGUAUGAAAAUUAUGAAAAAAUGUCACAACAGAUCACACUUUUGACCAAUUUGUUUUCAUUCAAUACUGACACUAUUAAAACUAAAAAGGAAUAUUGGUAAACAAAUAGAAAAAAAUUGAAACUGACUAAGUAUAUUAUAUAAGGCGAAAUUAAUUAUUUCAUUUCAGUACCUAUAUAAACUAUUCAAAUAUUGAACAACUAAUUGUGUGAUAAACGUUUUAUUUUUUUGAACCUUUGAAAAUAAAAUAUUUUAUGGUACUCGAUGGUAUGGUAUUCGGUGUAUUUCAUUUCAUAUAUUUAAAACGCAUCUCGAAAAUUUUGUUUAUCUACAGUUGUACCUAUCCUGUUCAGAAUCAAAUUUCUUGUAGUACACGUGAAAGUACCUGUUAUCAAUGUAUAUUUGAUCGCGCAAUCAAACCGAUACUUAUUUAAAAAUCAUACACAUUUUCGCGUUUCCUUGUGGGAUUUGUUUUCUAUUUAAACAGAUAUAAGAUUUUUUUUUUUUUUUUUUCUAAACCUUUUCUUACGUUAUAGAUACAAUGAGUAAAAAUAAUGAAAUCAUGGUUUUUCGUCCAACUUGGGAAGAGUUUCAACACUUCAGUAAUUAUAUCGAACACAUGGAAUCACAAGGAGCGCAUAAAUUAGGAAUUGCCAAGGUUUGUAUUAAUAUUAACUAGUAAGUCCAUUAGUAAAGGUAUACCAGUCAGGUACUUAAACAAAAUACUUUAUUUAACUAAAUAAAUGUUUAGGUUCCGGUUCUUAAUAUUUUAAAGGUUCCAAUUCCAAAACCGGUUCUUUUAGGUUCGGUUCCAGUCUCUAAUUCAAAAUCAAAAAUUGAUCAGAAUAUAUUUUUUUUCAUGAGGAUUCAUAAAAACCUUUUCACUUUUAAAAAAAUUUCUGUGGUACUUUUCUAUUUUACUAAUUUCUAGAAUUAGCAAAAUUGAUACACAAAUGCAUGAAUUUAAGAUCUCCUAUGGCUUUUCCUAUUAGAUAUUGUAUGUAUGUAUAUUUUUUAGGUGGUACCACCAGCUGAAUGGAAACCAAGGAAACAGGGUUAUUUUGAAGAUGAUGUAAUGAAUAUGAUUAUUCCAGCCCCAAUUCGCCAAGUAAUGAACUAUUUCUUAAAAUGUUUUCUAAUUAUACUUGUUUGUUUUGUCGUUUAUUAAUUAAUAUACUGUGAUCAGAAUUUUAUGUAAUAGACAUUUUUUCCUAGAAAUAUACAAAACGAAGAAAAGUGUUCCAUACACAAGUUUUUUGAUUUAUAAAUAUCUAAAACAAUUUUUAUAUUUGUAAAUUUUGUUUGACUGUCUUUUUGGGGGUAAACUUUUGAAAUUAAAAUAGGAACCUAUAUUCAAAAAGAAAAUAAGCAAAAAAAAAAUACAAAUUAUUUUAGAUGUAAAUAAAUUGAAAAAAAUUUUUAUUAUACAUUUUUCUCUAUUUAGCAUAUUACUGUAAUUCCUUGAUUACCCUGAUUACCCUUUAUUUAUAGCGUAUAAAAGGUCAACAAGGUUUGUAUCAAGCAAAGAAUAUACAAGUGAAACCCAUGACCGUAGCGAGUUACAAAACUUUGGCAGAAUCUACUCAUUACAGGACACCAAAUUAUGUAGACUAUGCUGAUCUCGAAAAAAAUUACUGGGAAAAUAUUAAAUUAAAUUCUCCAAUUUAUGGUGCUGAUGUCAGUGGAUCUCUUACAGAUAAAGAUGUUAAUGUAUUUAUUUAAUUUAAUUUUCUUUUACAUUGCUAAAUUUAUAUUUAUAAAAGUUAUAUUUUCUUAAAUCAAGACUUGGAAUAUUAAUAAUCUGGGUACAAUAUUGGAUUUUGUGAAUAAAGAUCAUGGUGUCAACAUUGAAGGCGUGAAUACAGCAUAUCUUUAUUUCGGCAUGUGGAAAUCAACAUUUGCAUGGCAUGUUGAAGACAUGAAUUUAUACAGUAUCAAUUAUAUUCAUACAGGAUACCCAAAAACUUGGUAAAAUACUAUAAUGAGAAACUGUUACAUGCAAUGUUAUAAUUUAAUAGUAUAUAUUGUAUAACUUUCUUUUAGGUAUGCAAUAUCUCCAAAAGACGGAAAUCGGUUCUCUAGAUUAGCUAAAUCUUUUUACCCAUCUGAUUUCGAGGAAUGUAGAGUAUAUUUAAAUCACAAAGAGGUAAUCAUAUCACCCCAUCAGUUAAGAGAGCAUGGUAUACCAUUUGAUAAAGUAAGAUAUCAUCAUUGACUAAUCUAGUUAUCAACAUUAUGAGUAUGGCGUAUACAUUUCUAUCAAUCUUAUGUUUUAAUCAAUAUGCAGUUUGUAAAUAUGUAUUUAUUUAUUUCAGAUUACACAGGAAAGUGGGGAAUUUAUAAUAACUUUUCCAUAUGGUUUUCAUGCAGGAUUUAAUCAUGGGUUUAAUAUGGCAGAAUCUACUAAUUUUGCUAGUUCUAGAUGGAUAGAUUAUGGAUUAAAAGCUGAAUAUUGUGAAUGUCAACCGGAUACUGUAAAAAUUGAUAUGGAUAUAUUUGUCAAACAUCUUCAACCUAAAAAGUAUGAAUUAAGGCAUAAAAAAAAAUAAGCCUAGUUAUACUUGUAUCAGGAUUUUUAAUUUGUUUAAAUGUAUGUAUUAAUUGUGUCAACUCAUAGUGUUGUAUAUAUUGAUGUUAAUAUGUCCAUUUAAAUUAAAUUUAUAAUCUUCAAUUUGGUUGAUUACUAUUUGAAAUGAUACAUAGUUAAAUGAUUUUUAUACAUAAACUUGAAAUUGUGAACUAUUAUUUACUUACUUAUUUUUUUUUAUUUUAAAAAAAAAACUUCAUUUAAUAUACUGGUACACAUUUAAAAUUUUGUCACAACAAAAACUACCCUAUAGUUACAUUUUAGAUUCCAAGUGGAACAAGGAAUGUAUUUGUUUUACAAUAUUUUUUAUUUCUUUUAACAACUUGUCUACCAGCAAUUUUGCACCUUUUUACAAUGAUAGCACUUUUUUUAGAAAAAUUGAUUGAGAUGGUACUUUAGGGAGAUCAUUUUUGAUUUUCCCAUGAGUUUGGAAAAACAUGAGAAAAAUCAGGAAAAUGGGUACAAUUUUAAUAAAGUAUAUAAUGUAUUAUAUUUAAUUAUUUUACCAUAUUAUGACAUAUAUAUAUAUAUAUAUAUAUAUAUAUAUAUAUAUUGUUGACAAAUCAACACUAUCAAACUCCGUUCAGAAUCGUUUUUCAUUAGCAAUGAUUAAUUAUUGCAUACAGAUAUACAUUAAAUUUCCCCCUUACUACCUUUCCAACUUAUCACAACAGUAUCCCACACACAGUAGUCUGCCUUUUGUUUUAAUUGAUUAUAAUUUUGUUUUAAAAUUCUGUAGGAAGUUAUAGUACUUAUUAUUACAGAGUUAUUAACAAUUGUUUUACUGGUUAGUUUGGUUCUUUUGAUAAUUUUUGAAACAUUUAUGUCUAAGGACAAUCAUUUUUAUUUUUAUUUUAUGUAAAUGUAAAAAUCAACUAAUUUUCUUUAUACAAAAAAAAAAAAAAAAUUGCCAAAUUUAAUUUUAAUAACAUUGGAACACAUGUGUUAUAUUUUAAAGUGUAUAGUAUUUUUUUGAAAUGCAUAUUUCUUAAAAUUUCUUGGUUUGAAUUACAGGUUGUUUAAAUCUAUUUAUUAAGAUAAUAAAAAAGUACAGGUAAUAGUACUGAAAACUCAUUAUUAUUCUGUUACAUUUACCUUGGCAAUGAGUUAGUUAAAAUUUUAAAUUUAUUACUUUCAAUUAUUUUAUAAAAACAUUAAUACAAUCAAAAUAACAAUGUAAUUUUAAAUUUAUCAAGUAUUUAUUAAGGAACAUUUCAUAUUUUUGUUCUAGUCUCAUAAUAUUUAUAAAGUAAUUUUUAAAUAAUUUUAUCAUUUUUUCAUAAAUUAUUGUAGUGGAUAAUAAUAUAAACAAUAUUAAUUUGUAUAUACUUUUAAUCUCGAUUUAAAUACAGACAUUUUUAUAAAUAUACAGGGUUUAUUUUUAUCAUGAACCAGCAAUUAUCUCAGAGGAUUUUAAGUGAAUUUGAUUUCUGUUUUUUCUAAUCAUUAUGGAAUCCUUUAAGCUUUAUUUUGAAAACAUGUGUAUUGGGUUAUAAAUAGGAAAUUAAAUAUCCUUCCCUAGUCCUCGGGUUUAAAUUUUAAAGUGUUAUAACUCAUAAACAGUAAAUUAGAUACUAGUGUUGUGUAUAUCAACAUCUUUAGAAAAAUAUUUUCUAUUUAAGGUACAUGGAGUUGGGGUAACAAAUUAAAAAUGGUUUUAAAAUAAAGUUUAAACAAUUUCAUAAUAAUUAGAAAAAAACAGAAAUCAUAUUGACUUAAAAAACUCCUAAAUAAUUACUGGUUCAUAAUAAAAAUUCACUGUAUUCAAAAUAUUUUUUCAGUAAAACUUUAACUCAUAUAUUUAGUAAAUUAUCAAAUUGUCUACACAAUAAUGUAAACCAUUUAAAUAUUGUCACUUUUACAUUCUGUAAAGGUUUUUUUUUUUCUAAAUAAAGGUCAUUGAUUAGGUUAAGGUUAUAUUUUAUGACCAAACUAAUAUAAUUGUUAAAAAUGUGAAGUUUUACUAGUAUAAUAGAAAAUAAUCUGGUUGUAAACAGGUACGUCUUUAAUUUCAUUAUUAUCAAGUUAUUUUUCUAAUUAUUUUUUUCAUAAUUUUAGGAAAAUAAAUAUGUAAAUUUCAAAGCCUAAACUAGACAUUAUUAGUUACAGUUAGAAUGAGUAAAGGUGGAACUAUUGGGGUAUCGUAAAAAUGUUAAAGAAUAGAUUCUAGUAAGCUUCUAAAUCGGGAAAUAUAAUUUUAAAUGACUACAUCGUAUAGUAUAAGAAUUAUUUUUAAUUAUUGAAAAUUAAUAUCUUUUAGUAUUCUUUUAGUAGUUCUAACGUUUUCUUAAAAACCGAAAAGGCAGACAAUUUAACAGAACCAUAAAACUUAUAUUGCAUUUAGCAAAUUUUAGUAGUGAAAACAAAAUUCAACUUGUAGUUAGUAUAGAUGUAAAUAGAAUAAAAAUACAUGGGGCUUGAGCUCAAUGGAUUUUAGACCUAAUAUUAAAGGAUAAAUUAAUUCAAACAUCACAGGCUAUGAUAGGUUAUCUUAAACAAUUAAAAACAACAUAAAUAAUCAAGUAUACUCUUUGACUUUAAAUAAAAAAUAGAAAAUUAACCGAUUACAUUAAUUUUAAUUUCAGUGAUUUAUUUUUUUACAACAGGGAAACUCAUAAUUUUUUUCCCUGUUAAUUUAUUCAAUUAAAAAAAUCUGUGAAAAAACAUUUAGUAUUCAAAUAGUAAUUAGAGUUUGUUUGGUUUUUAAAAUAUUUAAAAAUAAUGAUUUACUCAUUGUAAUAGUGUCCUGACGAAAUUCGAACUUUAUUGUUUCAUAAUUACCAAUGUUUGUAGCCUAUAUUUUUAUCAACAGCUUGUUAGUAUUCGCAAUUUCACAUAAAAUUUGAACACUUACUAAAUAACACGUAACCAAAUGUUUUUGUCAUCGGUAAAAUUUUAAAAAUUCCUUAAUUUUCGACGGUGUGCGCGUCCUUUGUAACUGUACAGGUAUAAUAUAUUUUGUUUUGCUGUUUAGCCUUAAAUCCUAUGUAAUAUUUGAAAUCGAAUACUUCGGGAAUAUACAAAUUCGAAACGGAUACUUUAAAAUUAAUUAGAUAUUUGAAAACAAUAUUUAUGAAAAUGUGCAACGUCAAUUAUUAUUAUUAUUUUAUAAAAAUAUACCUAGGUAUUAAUAAUGAAACCGCAUAAUAUAUUAUGCGAUCACCUAUUUAUUUUAAUGGUGUUCCUUAUCAAUUUCGAAAUUGCCAACUGAGAACAUCGAGUCUCCCCGGAAUCCAUUGAAUCGAAAUAUUGUUAAUAUAAUAAUGUUUAAACACGCAACUGUCCAAUGUAAUCAUUAAUAUGAUACCAUUUUAUGAUAUCAUUAAUAUUAAUAUUAUGAUACCUAAUACCCAGUUUAUUUCGAAUGUUUAACAAUAUAGGUAUUACGUUAUAACAGGGAACGAUAAACGGACAUCAUACGUUUAGACUAUAGCAUCUUUUCUGAAAGGUAAUUUUCUCCCGUUGGUGAAUUGGGUAGGUUAUUUUUCGAUUUGAUAACGAGAUCUCGAAAUAAUUGGGAAAAACCAAAAAAGACGAAAUUACGAUUUUUUUUCAAAUCACUGCACAACCUUUAUUUUAAAAUUAUACGGCCUAUAUUUUCUGCAAAGAAUAAUGCUUUAAUAGAGCAAAAAAGCCGUUUUGAUUUUCUUUGUAGUUUUUUUUAAUAAUUGACCAAUACCGAAAAAAAAAUGCUUGAGGAAUGGGAAACUUUACGAACGUGAUUCUUUUAGUAUUUUAAAUUUUGUUUUUUUAAUGUAAUUUAAUUUAAAAUAUUCGUAGAGAAUUUCAAGAUUUAAUUUAUAGAUGAAUUGUUAAGACCUAACAAAAAUACUUGAAAAUUUGAUGGGAGGUUUAUUAUAAGUCGUACUUAGUGGUAAAAAAAAAAAAAUUAUAUUAAUGUAUUGUUAUUUUAGAUUUCGAGCGUAGUGAGUCUGUGAACACGUUUUUCCUAGUAAAUUGGCUCUAAUUUUCUUACGUGUAGCAACUUUUCUGAAAGCUCAAGUUGUCUAGAUGGUACUUUAAACUGGUCAUUUUUUGAUUUUUGACGCCAUUAUUUAAAUAAAAGCAUUUAAGUGGGAAAAAACGUACAAUUUCACGAUUUCAUUAUUUUGUAAAAACACGGACGUUUUCUACCAGAAAAAAUGAUUUAAUCGAAAAAUCAUAAGACACUUUUUUUGUUUCCUUUUUAGUUUACUUUCUUACGGUAUCAUCGUCAAAACUUUUGAGCUUUUAAGGAAUUUUAAAUGUUGGGAGUUUUUUGCUGUAAUUCGGUUAUAAAUACACGAAGAGACUUGAAACUUGGUAAAAAUACUUAUAUUGGACUUACCUAGACGUGGUAAAAUUUCGGAUGAUAAAAUCAUCGGACGAUUUUUUUUUUUUAAAUAAGAGUUAAAAUCAAAUUUAAACGAAAAUCGCAAAAAAAUUACGGCAUUUCAAAGUAUGUAUUAUCAAAUUGCGUUCAGAAUCGUUUUUCGUCAAAUAAUGGUUUAUUGUUGCUUACAGAUAUUAAUUAAAUAACCUUAUAUAUCCUACUUUACUAACUUCUCACCUACAACAAUGGCUGCUCCUAUCUCCAAUAUCAGCUCUUUUUUAUAAGGGUUAAACAAAAUUUUGGACAAAUUCAUAAAUAUUACAGCCUUUCAAUACAUGUAUAAUUUCACUUGAACUUUACUUCGAAUCGUUUUUCAUCAUCAGUAGUUUAUCAUUGGUCACGGAUAUAAAUUAAAUAACUAUGUAUUCCUCCUUCCCCAAUACCCAUCUACAAUAGAGGGCACACCCGUCCUUAGUAUCAGCUCUGUUUUUAUCUGUGAUUUUACAAACGCUAACUAACAGCAACCAUAAAGAUGUGAAAUUCAUGAAAGUAAUACACUUAUAAUUUACCUAUCACUGUCAACUUGACAGUAAGUCAAUUAUAGCCAGGAAUGGAAUAUUAAUUAUUAACCAUCAUAUUACCCCCUAAAUCAUACUUCGAGUGUAGCAGUUGCUACACAUCAUAUUUUGGGUGGGUGGGUAUUUUCUGUAAUUAGGAUUUGAGGAUAGUCUGAUAGAAUGGGUAGAAAUAUUCAAAAGUUAUACUUUUAGUUUUUAGGUAGUAAAAUUUAGAUACAAACGUUUUUGAAUUGGGUGAUGGUUUUGAUUAUCAAAUUCUGCUGCAUUAUAAAAAUAUAGUUUAGGUGCUACUGUAUUACCUUUGCAUAUUAGCUCUAAAAUUUCUAAAAUACGACAUUAAAAAGAAAGCCGUAAUUUCAAAACAAUUUGUAAUAAAUACCGAGUAACAUAUUUUGAUUUAAUAACUUAAUGUAGGGGGAAUAACUCCGGAGUAAAUGGUUUUAAUUGUCUAUUUAGUGUUAAAAAGCUGUCCUAGAAUAAUGGAGAUGGGUGUAGCCACUGUUGUAGGUGAGAAGUUGAGAAGUUAGGAUAUAGACGGGAAUUUAAUAUAUAUCUGUAAACAAUGAUUAACCAUUGCUAACGAAAAAACAAUUCUAAGUGAAGUUUGGUUGAUAGUGUAACUUUGCCAACAAUAUGUAUAUCAUAUUUUGGUAAAAUAAUUACAUAUAUGCAUUAAACAUUUUUUUUUUAAAUAAUAUUUGUUUAAUGUUGUACUUAUUCUCCUGUUAUCCCGGUUUUCAUUUGUUUUUUUCCCAUUUAAUGGGAAAAUCGAAAAAUGACCUUAGAGCAUCACUCCAGUCAGAUUUAUUUUCAGAAUAAGUGCUUUCAUUGUAAAUCGGAGCAAAAUUAAUGGUAGAAAAGUUGUCUACAAAAAAAAAAUUUUAAAACCAAUACAUUUCUUGCUUCACUCGAAAUCUAAAAUAUCAAUAAAAAGUAAUUUCUUUACAUAUUACGUAUUCUAGGAAUACGAAUUAUAUAAAAAAAAUACAUUUCCUUUUACAGCUUUUAAUAAGCAUUCAAUUUCUUGAUUUUUUUUAUUAAUAUAUAAAUAACCCGAGUGAGACGAGGCAGAGUAUACUUUUCAGUAUUACAAUAAAUGCCUGUCGGUUAAUUUUUUCUGUUUUUUGGGAUUAAAAAAAAACUUACUUGUCAACCUCGAAUUAAUUUAUUAUUAUUUGGCAUAUUAAGACAUAAUCUUAAAAAAGAAAAAUAUUUUUCACGUUAUCAGGGCGUAGGUAUAAGAUAAAUUGUGUUUUUGUUUUAGAUACAAGAAAUAUCACAACAGGAAAAUAACUAUGAUCCAGCUGGCAGAGGCGGCCGUGCACGCAAAAUGGGGAUGUACGUUGAUCUGAACUGGAAAUCGUUGCAAUAUCUAUUUUUAAUUUUUAUAAUAUACCUAUCUCAGAAAAUUAUCAUAUUAUACAUAAAACUAUAAGCUUACGCAGUACAUGGGUACUUUAUGGGGGUACAAGCACCUUAUGAAGUUGUGACUAAAAGUAGGUAUAGGGUUUUUAAUUUUUAAGCGUUCCUACAUGUAUUCCAGUGACUGUAAAGAAAGCAUAUAACCAAUGAAAUCGUGUUACUACC